AUGUUAGGCAUUCUGAUGCCCAGUCUUCAUGCUGGAAAAGCUGAGCCUUAUUUUGGGGAAGAGAAGAGGUCUUGUCAAGGUGCUUUCGACUUGUAUUUUGUCCUCGACAAGGAUGAUAUUGCCAAAGACCUAAAUAUAUUGAGGAGAGAAAUACCAGGGGGUGACACAUAUACGAAUCUUGGAUUGGAAAAGCCAGAAUGGAAUGUUGUUUAUUUCACAGGGACAGCCAGUGUUAUCAUAGCACUGACGGAUGGGGAGCUAAAUGACUAUCAGUUUGUCACAGCGCAGCAAGAGGUGCAGAGGGCUCGGUCUGUGGGAGCUAUCGUAUACUGUGUUGGUGUUAAAGAUUUCAACCAGACACAGCUAGCCUCGAUUGCAGACACCAAUGAGCAUGUAUUCCCUGUAAUAGGAGGAUUCCAGGCCCUGGAAGGAAUGUCUCGUCAGACGAACCUGUCAGCACUGUCACCUAAAUGCGUGGUGACUGAGAGGCCUUCUAAAGACAUGCUCAAAAAGAGCCUGCCGCUUCCUGAUUGA